UCUGAUGUGGCUAGCAAUGUUAGUAGUCACAGAGGAUUUGUCGAGAAGGUAUUCCAACACGGCUUCUUUGUUGUACAAGUUGCCCAGCUCACAACAAACGAUGGGAGUACUUAACUCUGCCUGGCUUAAAGCACAAUGGAACCACUUUGCGUUUAACUCGUAGUUUUUGUCGACUUGUUCGGGCUUCUUCUUCAUCCGAACAAGUUCAUCUCGUUUGGGAAUUGUUCCACCAUCACACCCCAUUGUUUAAGUGUCUUUUGUCGCGGAAAAUUGUUCCAAAACACAGAGGAAAAUACUUCGAGACACAAAAUGGCGGCGAGUAGUCGAUGACGUAGGUCCAUGAACCAUUGCUGGCAGGUGCACAUGAAAAGGCUCGGUUACAAAGCUGAUAUUGGUCUAUGAAUGUCAAACAAAGAUGGACGCCUGCUUGACAGUCGAGCGAGAACAGGACAGAUUAGCAAAGAAAUACACGAACAUUAAAGAACAUACAGACUCUUCCUUGACAGAAUUAAUUAAUCAGAUAACUAGUUUACAAGAAGAGUUAUCUAAAGGUAAGAAUAAAGUCUUGUUUUUCCUACGAUCUGUAUCUUAACGUAAAAUUGGAAUUUCAUUUGGAAUUGAAUCAGAGAAGAAAUUAAUAAUAAAAAAUGGUUUAGAUUUGGCGACGUGCUUGCGUGCGUGUAGAACAAAAAUAGGCACAGGAUUACAUAACUUCACUGGAAAUUACUGUUAAAAAAAUGACGAAAGAAAGGUAUUGCAGGGCUUGAAAUAACUAUUGGGCAGGCGCCGGACACAUUGUUCGGUCAAACGUGAUUUUGCUCGGACAUAGGCGUUUUUGGCCGGACAAAUUUAAUCCAUCUUAACUAGUUGCAAUAGAGGCUCCAUUUAGCAAGUUACAUGAUCUGUAUCAUUUUCAGCAACAGCAGCUCUAGUUACUCAAAACAAAUCGAGUGUGCAAAAAAUUAGAAGUUGUAGUUUUAUUACUCUUUGUUCUGUUACAUUGUAAGUCAGACACGUGGAUUGCAAGACACAACCUCAUCGUUAACGUUUGGUUGAAACCGGACCAAAUCACUAACAAAACGUAACCUUCAACUUUAUAGUACAACAUUUACAUUUUAGCAAAUGCUGCUUUGUUUCUACAAAUAAUUUCAAACGGGCAAAUAAACUUGUGAAAUCGUUUGGUUCAAUAAAUCAAUCUCUCAAUUAACACGAUAAUAAACGCUAUUAAACGGAAUGUAAAUUAAUAUACAACUAUGUAAUAUAAUCCUGACUUACAAGUUUACUCUACCGUUCGGUUGAAUGCAAAUCUAGACUUCAUGGUGAUUUGUUGAAUGCGUAGCGUCUAUGUGUGUAAAAUUGCAUGGGAACACUGGAAAUCCAACAUAUUCACUCUUUUUAAAGCCUUCGGGCCUAGUUCACUUUGCAAACAACAAAAGCUUAGUAACCAAGCUCGUGUGCAGGCCAGGGUGUGCCGGAAGUGACGUACUGAUUUGUUCUUUUUAAUUUUUCAGCAUCGUUGAUUGUGACGACAGCCUUUGCCUAAUUCAUUAUACUGUUUCUCUGGGUCUUUCUUUUUUUCGCUCUUGUUGGCACCAGAUGCUAUGCGGAUUAUUUUCGGCGCGUACAAUCUUGAGCACUUUACAACACCCACAGCAGUAGCCAAUUUGCGGUCGCGACUGACCACAGGAAAUGUCAUCAAUUUCACAAACAAAAGUCCCUCUAGUUAAUAUCUUUUUUGGGAACAUGAUAAGAUUGAAUAAAUUUCCAUCAUGAUUGUCUCAAAAUUGAAUUUUCUUUGAAAGCCCAAAUGACCGGACAACAUGUCCGGUCAUCCACGGAUUUGCUCGGACAAUGCUCAAUUCUGACUGGACAUUGUCGAAUGACCGGCCGUUAUUUCAAGCCCUGUAUUGGUUAUGACGUUUCCUCUCUGGACCCUGAAUUGUUAUUUCUCUUUGUAGCUGGCAAAGAGGAUGAAGUUUCCCCAGUACAGUUACAUUUUCUCAACCAGUCAUCAAGAAAGGUGAAAGACACAGUGGCCAAAGUAGCCACAGAACACAAGGAGCUUCAUGGAGGGAUCUCAAAAAUUGGAAAAGCUAUAGACAGAGUAAGUAUCUCAUCAUGUCAGUGACAUGUAACAACAAUCAUUGUGCAGAGACUAUUUAAACCAACUAUUACUUAAUUUGAUCAGUUUUCAGAAGGCAACUUUGACUGCAAUCACGUUCUUAAUACUUUGUUAAAACGCUUUCAGAAAAUGCAAAUUUUUGCACAAGUACACCUACAGUGUAAUGCUCUCCUCCACUCCUCCCAAUGUUCAAUGGCGGACCUAGGGGAGGGGCCCGGGGGGCCCAGUCCCCCCAUUUUUAGACCAAACUGAGGCCCAAAGGGCCCAAAAAAAAUUUUGGAGACUGCCCCCCCUCCCCCAUCCUCUUAUCUCAGGGUCUGGAUGACAGGGACCCCUCAUUAUCUCAAGGUCUGAAUCCAGCACUGAUGUUGGUGUUAUGAUGGACAUUUGUUUACGGGACAAGUUUGAUUUUAGGUUAAACAUUUUUAAAAUGUUUAACCUAAAAUCAAACUUUUCCUGUAAACACCAGGCAGGCAGGCAGGCAGGUGUGCUACAGGAAGUAAACAAGUAAUAUCUAGUGAAAAAAGGUCGGGUGUUUCAGUGAGGGGAGAAGGGGUCUGUAUACAGGCUAGUGUUUCUCAGUUUUGGCCCUAGGGAGACGAAAACAAAAAUGUAAAUACCUAUUUUUUAGUUCUGUUUUGUCUUGUUUAUUUUUAUUCAUUUUCUCUUCCAGUUUAGACAACCUAAAAUUGUUUAGAUUUAUGUAAAUUUCUGGGGAAGGUGCGGGAAAUUCACUGGUCAAAACAUUGCAGGCUCUUUCUUUUUGUCACAUAAUACUUGGUAGUAAAUAGUCGUGAUUGAGAGUAACAGAGAUCUUCGAACCACUUGCAUUUGAACAAAAAAUGAACUUAGGAGGAGAUAAAUAUAGUUAUAAAUAGGGAUAAGCAGGACAUUCUGAAAGCCUUUUGGAGGCAAAGAAGUGGAUUCUAAACAAAUAUUGGCUGGUCACGGAGCAUACAUAAUAGUGCGUAGAUCGACGGCGGUAAGUAAAACUAAUGUUAUUCUUUUUUUAAGUUGUAGCCUAAACUUAAUGAACUUUUUAAGGGCGUAAUUUCUUUAUCGCUAGAAGGAAGAAUUUCUCAUUGUUGAAUGUUGUUUUUAGAUGUGUGAGUUGACGUUGCUUUAUGACUGGUAUAUACUGGCGUGAUUCAAAGCUUGUCAACAACCACUCGCCAUGUGGCCUUAAAAAUUCUGCCCAGGAAAUUAAAAGCAGCUUGGUUUUGUCACAGUAAAGACCAUAAACACUUGAAUGUAGGACUUCUGUAUAGUUUAACUCGUAGGAAGAAUAAUCUUUGAUUUUGCGAGAAAAUCAAAACAAGGUCACAAACAUGACGAUUUUGCCUUUGAUAUUAUGGUGACGUGCAUUACUAAUCAGUGUGGCAUCUUUAAUUUUGUCGUAAAAUCUAGAGCGUUUUAGGCAUGCAUUAAACUCCUCAAUUAUCAUUCUUGUAUCAUUCACUCACUCUUAACACAGAAUACCCAAAAAAGUUAUCGCCAGUUUCAAGAAGGUAACAUCCACAUUCUCUGAUUUGUAUUUUCCACAGAAUUUUGUAGUUGACAACACAACAUGCAGCCAGCCAGGUGUAUUUGAUGGUGACAAUGCAUCACUACUGAAUGAAGUUAUAUGUGAACACCUGCUACGGCAAGGGAGAUUAGAUAUUGCAGAACAGUUGAUAAUGGUAACUUAACCUUUACUGCCUUGUGUCCAAGGUGAAAGUACCCAAAAGAACCUGCUGAGUCAUCACAUGUGAUUUCCUUAUUUAUUUCAUUAUAAGCCGAGCGAUUUUUACACAAAUUAAAGCUAAAGUUCAGUGAAAUUUGAGCACCAUAGGGGGUCUUGGCUUAUAGCCAAGAGUUUUUGAAAGCAAUUUUUUUUUCAGUGCAUUGAAACUCCACUAAACUCUGACUAAAUGGAGAUGUAUUCACUUAUGAGCGAAGCAAACAGCAGCAAAAGAUCAAAUCAUUAACAUAAUUAAUCUGAAUGUUGAGUUAGCUAAGCACAGAAAUUCAGUCCCAAAUUGUCCAAAUAGCUGUUAAAAACAGGCCUCACAACUAACACCUCACAUUGGUAAGCCUUUUACAAUGAGGGAACGUGUAAAACAAAUGAAAGAUGUCAUGAAAUGUGUAAACAAUCCGCCAUGUUUGGUCAAACAUUUGACUGUUUACUAAGCACAGACAAACGCAACACGAACUGAUGUGGUUUGUUUUGAUUGAAAGACGAUUUAUGUGAUCAUUUCAAGCAUAAUGCAAUGAAGACAUGAGGAAAGAUCCAUAGAAGCAAAAGGCCCAAACAACAAUUGUACAUUUUCCUAGAGAAGGUCACAUUUUUUUGGAAAAUGUUUUGUUUUACGGUCGUUCAAAGUCUUGUAAUGAAUAGGUUUCAGCUUACAGCCAGGUGUUGUGGAUUUAUCUUUUGUUCUUGGUUUUGCUGAUUCCACGAGUUGAAAGUUUAGGGUCUCGGCUUAUAGCCAAGAUCGGCUGAUAGCCCAAUAAAUUCUGUAAUCAAACAUUGUUCUUUCUUUUUUUGUUUUUAGGAAGCUAAUCUGCAGUUAGAUGAUUCUAGAAAAGAACCUUUUACUGAACUGAAUAGAAUCCUAGAGGCCUGUAGGGACCGCAACUUGGACCCAGCACUUCAGUAAGACAAAUACCAAUAAUCCAUAUGUGUCAUUAUCUUUACUGCAAGUUCAUCAGAGUAACAUAGGUACCACAACUUGGAUCCAGCACUUCAGUAAGACAAAUACCAAUAAUCCAUAUAUGUGUCAUUAUCUUUACUGCAAGUUAAUCAGAGUAACAUAGGUACCACAACUUGGAUCCAGCACUUCAGUAAGACAAAUACCAAUAAUCCAUAUGUGUCAUUAUCUUUACUGCAAGUUCAUCAGAGUAACAUAGGUACCACAACUUGGAUCCAGCACUUCAGUAAGACAAAUACCAAUAAUCCAUAUGUGUCAUUAUCUUUACUGCAAGUUCAUCAGAGUAACAUAGGUACCACAACUUGGAUCCAGCACUUCAGUAAGACAAAUACCAAUAAUCCAUAUGUGUCAUUAUCUUUACUGCAAGUUCAUCAGAGUAACAUAGGUACCACAACUUGGAUCCAGCACUUCAAUAAAGCCCCUUGCAAACGAACACAACAUUGUUGUCCAACAACUCCCAACCUUGUUGGAUGCUACAUGUUGCGUCUGUUUGCACACCCUGUUGCAUGUUGUUGCAUGUUGUUAUGAGUUGUUGUGCAAAGUUUGAAACCAGUCAACCUUUUGAGGCAACAAAUCCCAACAUUUCUUUUGUUCUGUGAUCGCUGAAGCAUAGUGUAAAAAUGUUGGAUCCAUUUGCACAGCUCUUCCAACAAUCUUGGGGCCAUGCAUGUGCAUUACAUGUGGUCUCCUUGCAGACAGCAAUGCAAUAACUUUGCGUGAUAGAGCAACAAGCGUGAUGGGCCAACAUUGUUGGGAGUUAUUUCAUCCAUUUGCGCACCAUUGCCAACAUGAACACAACAACUCCCAACAUUGUUGGUGCAUCCAUUUGCACGCAGGUUAAGAAGAGUACCAGUUAUUCAUAUGUGUCAUUAGCUUAACUGCAAGUUAAUCAGAGUACUGUAUCAUUUUUUGGAACUUGUAUCAUCAUUGGAGGUUUCUGAAAAGAGUAACUGCAAUCUUUCCUGAGUUAUAAUUCUCAAAAAUAAUUUAUUUUCACCUUUUGCGUCAUUUGGUUUUUGAUCUCUUUGUUUUCUUCCUUAGGUGGGCUCAGUCCAGGCACAAGGAACUCAAAGUCAGAGGAAGCUCAUUAGAAUUCAGACUUCAUAAAUUGAAGUUUCUGGAUCUCCUAAGAGAAGGACAUCAUAGAGAAGCACUUCAAUACUCAAAACACUUUGCAAGAUUUGCUUCUGAUCAUACAAAAGGUGAGAUAAACUGUAUGGUUACUUUACAGUUUUAAAAAACAGUAAUGGGCUCAAACGUUUACUCCACAAAAUAGUCACACAAGUUCUUUGAAAAAGAAGCUUGUCAUGCAGAUGUACAAAAUCAUUGUUUUAAGGUAAUUCCCUUGAAAGGGAUGUUCUAUACAGAUUUUUUUCAAACUUAGCACAAAUGUCAGCAAUGUAUAGGACAUUCAAAAAGUGCAAUAAAAAGAUGGGGUCACUGUGAUUGUUUUUGCACUGUGUGCCUGUAAUUCUGACUGUUUUUUCCUAGUUGUGUGCAAAAUGCUUGAAAAUUGAACAACCAACAAAAAUUCUUAUCACGUAGCAAAAACUGAGAAUUCUUGAUUGCAGAAACUGCUUAGAGUAUGCUAGUGGUGAUAAUUGGGUCCCAGCUUCUAAAAAGACCCUGUACCAUAUUAUCUUCAUUUAUCCACUGACUCAAAUUUUUUAGUGCCUUGGAAAUUUAGGGUCAAAGUGGAAUAGGUCAUUUGUUUGCUCAGUGCUAUACACUCUGAAUAUUUGCAAGGCUGAAGGUUACCUUGUUUUAUUACAAAACAUGCAUGCAAAUGUUGCUAUUUUCAUGCUAACGAAGGAAAACAGGAAGGUUUGUAACAAAACAAAGACACCUCCCACCCCGCUUCUAGGGCACAGAGGCCUAUCCUGGCUACUGCCUCUUUUUAUCGAUCCUGGUCUCAGAGGUUUUUAUUGAUUUUUCUCCACUGAUUUUUCUCUGUGUGAAAGGGAACGAUCUGCAAAGGGGUGAAAGCAAUUCACAAAGCAGAGAGGAAGAGAAAAAAGUUUUCUCUCUUCCUCGACCCUUCGAGGCUUGUUCCCUCUCACGCUAAGAAAAAUCAUGAAAAACCUCUGGGACCAGUUUAGAUUUAAGGCUCACAGAGCUUACAGGGCUGUGCUCUAGUGGCACCCAGUGGCCCCUGGACCUUUACUUCUGCUCUUGGACAACUAUCAUCAUCAUAAUUAUGCUGGGUACCCUGUUUAACAUGGGUCGCGGGCAUUGAGCUGCCUUCGAUAUUUUUUUAGAGCACAGCUGACCAGAAUGUUUUCAAAGUAGUAAGGUGUCAAUUACAUGUUUGCUCAGUUGCAAGCUGUUCUCUGUACUCAUUCAACAGAAGUACAACAGUUGAUGGCUUGCCUCCUGUACAGCCGAACAGGUCUGGAAAAUUCACCCUAUGCCUCAUUACUCGACCCAGUUCAUUGGCUAGACAUCUGCGAUAUAUUUGCAAAGGAUGCCUGUGCAUUGUUAGGUUUGUCAUUGGAGAGUCCACUGCAGGUGUGUGUUACAGCUGGCUGUGUGGCACUGCCUUCACUUCUUCAGCUCAGACAAGUUAUGCAACAGCAACAGGUUGCAGGUGUUUGGACAUCCAAGGAUGAACUCCCGGUAAGUAGCUUGUCAUCAAACUUUUGGUUGUGAAGUGGCUAGUUCUUUGUAUUUUUGUCAAUUUUGUUAUUUCCAAUUUGCAUGUACAUGUAACUACAACUGUUCAAGCUCUAUACUUCAAACUGGCAAGAAAGCAGCGUUUGAACGUCAGUCACCACCAGAUCUCUCUUUUACAGAAAUGUGUCAGGUUAUCAUUAUCAAGGCUGUUCUCUAGCAUCCCCUGGUGACACCAUGCUGGUUCAUUCGCUCUUGGGCACCUAGGAAAUCACAGAUUUUGCAUAAAAAUCUUAUCCAGGGGACCCUGUGUUGUAACUCCUGAAGGAUUAUCCAUGGGUAUAUAUAAAGCUGACUUGAUUUGACUUGACUACCGUAAAUGAUCGAUUAAGCGCCUCUACUUGAAUAAGCGCUGCUCUCGAAUAAGCGCCGUACCUUUACCAAAAAUAAUUUAAUAAGCGCCGCGGCGCUAAUUUGGGUAUUUACAAAUUAACGGCCCACCUUUGUUACAGCGCUAGAUAUAAAGACCUCGACCAACUCGUGAGUUCUAAAGUUUUAGUGUAGGGAAACUCUUGAAACCGGGUUCAUAUAACAGUUCGAGGAGUACAUAUUUUAUAUUAAAUUGUGCGUACCUAGUAAGCGCCUCACUUAAUUCUCUCUAUAUUCCCCUCAGUGUUUUUAUCCGUGGUUGAAAUAAGCGCCGCACCUAUAACAGGGAAAAUGAAAUAUGCCCCGCGGCGCUUAAUCGAUCAUUCACGGUAUUUGUACUUAUUUCACUUGAAUUUGUAUUUUCAGGUUGAAGUUGAUCUUGGUCCCCGGUAUCGCUAUCAUUCACGCUUUGCAUGUCCAAUUCUCAGACAGCAAUGUACAGAUAGUAAUCCUCCAGUGCGACUGUCAUGUGGACAUGUUAUCUCUAGAGAUGCUCUCACUAAACUCACUAAUGGAAACAAGUACGCUCCAAAUAAUACAAACAAUUGUCAAUUAUUGGACGAGGUUGAGCAAAAUAUCGUGAUUUGUCAGUCGCGAGCAGAUCAAUAAACUAUUAUUUGUCGAAAGCGAAGGUUAAUUCAAAUAAUUGAUCUGUGAGACACUGACAAAUCACGAUAUAUUGCGAUAACUGAGUUAAAUAAUUGUUUUAUCAUUCGAUUUUAAUGGAUAUCUUCGGGAAGCAAAGCGUUCUGCCAUUUUUCACGUAAGAGGAGAAAAGUGUGGUUUCGUUUCGUUUACGCAUGAACAGAAUUUUAUUUGCAGCCAAACUCUAAAGCCAAACUCAGUUGGACGACAUUGCGCAUGAGCAGACCAUUAUUUGUGGGCAGUUUUGCAGGUCACGUGGUGGGCUUUCGGCCAAUGAAAAGGAAGAACAAUUUGAAUCGAAUGAUAAUUUGGGUUGUAAAUGGUUGUCUUAAUUGACGUGUCUGGUUCCGAUUGGGCAGUAAUGUAUCAUAUUUUGUGGCUUCAUGAUAUCCUUGGUUUUGCAGUCAUAAUUUAUGCAGGGCUCCUGUUGAUACCAGCCAAUGGCUGACAGGGCUGACCUGCCUAAAUAAAGUUGACUUGACUCGAUGUACGUGCAGAGCUGUUGUUUUACUCCUAAAACAUUUUUUACGUCGACUUCGUGGCUCUUUAAACUGCGUAUUUGAUGCGUAAAGCAAUUUGGGUAAACUUUCAGUUUUUCACUCAGUUCACGUACAUAAUAUCAACUGGUAUCAUUAGUAACCAUUGCGCUUUAUUUUCCUUUAUUAGAGUCAAGUGUCCAUACUGUCCUCUGGAAAUGACUCCAAGUGAUGCCCGUCAGAUAAAUUUCUACUAA